GCAGCACCAUUCCCGUUGACAGCGCCGAUCUAUUAUGGAGCCAUGAACGUGUGGUACUUAAAAGUCAAAGCGGACCACGCAUCUCCUGUAUCCAAACCAUUUAGAUGUGGGUGCACUCAGUUUCAUAAUAAAAUAUUCACAAAGUGAGUAAAUCGAGGUGCACUGAAGCCGCCCACGAGAAAUGACCCCAGCUGGCCGCAACGUCUUAGGCGAGGCACUCACUUCUCGCGUUCCUCUAUUGUCUGGAAAUGAUGUUUUGACUUCCAUAUGAGGCGUAUGACUCUGACUAGUUCAUCGAUGAGAAAGGAACCGCGCGAGCAUAUUCCGGGAGGAAGGGUUGAUGACGUCUGUACCACUCUUAAUGCGACUUAUUGAAAAAAGGCAAGUCACUGGAUCCAUGGAUAAAAUCCGCGAGAAUCCGAGCGUAGAACCGAGCUUUUCGGAUAACGAUAUGUAGACAAAUGUAGGCGCUCAUUUCAAGAAGCUGUGUUUGUACAGAAAUCUAUUAAUUUCGUUUUUGUAAAUAAAAAGAUUAGAGUUUGGACGCGCUUGGGGGUACAUUGGAAACGGCGCCUAAGCAAGUGUUGUGAAAGAAGAUUUGAUCCCAUACUAAGUGUCAGCCUCACCCGGACCGCAUCCAGCACCUUGUUCUACCUGCUCUAUAAUAGAAUGACAAUGUCUAGAAAAACGACUUUAGCAUUGUUCGUCUAUGGAAUCAUUAUGCACUGCGCCUACUCUUCACCCAUUGGACUUGAUUACCCCAGACUUAGACUUGAAAACGAGGUCUUUGACGAGGACGGAAACUUGUUCACGGACCUGGCUUUUGAUGGAGAUGAGAUUGCUAUUCGGAGUCCUCCUCUGUUUGACAACGUGUAUACGCUAUAUUACCCGGCGGAAAAGAGAACGAAAAAACAAGCAGAUGGAAUAUUUAAUACAGCCCACGGGGAAGGGUUUGGUCAGUUUCUGCAUUCUCUGAUGGCAAAGCGCUCGGGUGACAGCAGCGAUAUGGAAGAAGACUCAGAACCCUUAUCCAAACGGCACUCUGACGGAAUUUUCACAGACAGCUACAGCCGGUACCGAAAACAAAUGGCUGUGAAGAAAUAUCUGGCUGCAGUCCUGGGAAGAAGGUACCGACAGAGAAUUAAAAACAAGGGUCGCCGAUUCUCAUACUUGUAGCUUUUCUAAAGCAGAUAGCCUCGUCUGUUUCAGCCCUAAGAUCAAACCAUUCUGAGCAGUGGAUCUCGCCUGUGUUCUUUAAACAUGUAUUUAUGUAUGAAG